AUGAAACAUCAACGUAUAAACCAAGAUACAACCCCUUUAAAGAAAUUUUGUAAAUUCUUUAAGCGAUUGUAUCAAAAAAAACCAAAGCCUGCUUGUCAAGCACCGGGAUGUAGCAACCUUUGCUCUAAAAAGGACAUUUUUUGUAGCAAUAAUUGCAAAUUAUCAUCUAAACCUUUACCAAAUUUAUCAAACUCUGAAAUUGUUAAAAAUUCUGUAAAUGAAUUGAACAAUGACUCUCAGAAAACAUCAAACAUUUCUACACCUUUAAUAACUAUAUCAUAUUCACCAACUGACACUGCACAGGCUAAUCCCCAGAUUACUUCAUCUUUCUUUACACGUAUUUUAGAACGUAAAAAGUCUACCGAAAGUGAAUUUUCGGGAGAUGAAGAUAAUCUUUCAUCUAAUGGCAAAGAUAAAUCAAGAAAGUCAAUAUUCCUUGGCCCAAAAAUGGCAAUAAAUUCACAGAGUUCAAUUUCUAGUGAAGUUUCCAGUGAUCCUAAUGAUUCAGCAUAUGAGUCAACAAGUUUAGAGACGGAAUCACCAAAAAUAUCGAAAAAGAAGGAAAAUUUAAAGAUUGGAAAGACAAUAAUUCAAGAACUGAAAGCAGGUGAUGAGAGUUAUGAAGAAGUCAAAAAGACGUUUCAACAAGGGCUUCCCGCCAAUUCUAUUAUUGGAAUAUUUCAGUUACAAAUGCCUACUAAACUUGUGAAUGGACAUGAAGCAUAUAAAAACAAGUUUGCCAAAAAUUUAAAGAAAUCAAAGGAUAAUGUAACCUUUAAAAUGUUCCAUGGUACAAAACAUAAUUGUGAUCCUCAACGUUUUAUCGAUAAACGAAAGCCUAAAUUCUGCAGAUCAAAUUGCGGUCUUUGUGGAAUUGCUCAAGAAGGAAAUCAAUCUAAAUUUUCUAAUUAUAGUGGUAAAAUGUGGUUUGCCGUCAAUUCGUAUACUUCAUUGGGAUAUUGUGGAAAUAUUAACAUAAAGACUAUGUUUGUCGUUGAUGUAAUUGCCGAACGAUGCAAUCCAAAUGGAACAAUUAUAGUUAGUAAUAACGCACAUUUAUCAAUUGGUGAAAACAGAUAA